ACAAGUGGUAUAGGUAGUAUUGUGAUGGAAUGGGGAUAUUGGGCCUUGCGAGAUCCCAGAUGCGGCUGUCGCCAGGGGCGCGCAGCUCGUCCGCAGCAGGGCAGGCGCCAAAGCCUGCGCAACGCCCCUGUACCCCGAAGAAGCGUCCAAGCGCGAAAUCGCAAGCCCAAAGAGGAAGCGGUAAAGCCGAGCAAGGGAAUCCGUUACUCGAUUCGUACAAAGGUAGCGGCCCGGGAAGUGCAAGGCUCAGGCAGGCGCCGAAGAUGGUUUCAUCUACGACUAUCGUCUUGAUUUGCCUGCUUGCUAACUUGUGGCUUACCGUGUUAGCAGACGCACUCUUACCUGCAUCGUGUUGUUGAGUGGCGCGCGAACGUUAAUCAUAGUGUGUGGCGGUC